AUGGCAAGUGACGUCACCAAGUCUGGCAGUUCCAAUGGUUACCCUAUGAAGGCACAGCUACAAAUUACUGUGCUAUCAGCAAAACUGAAAGAAAACAAGAAGAACUGGUUUGGUCCUGGUCUUUAUGUAGAAGUUAAUGUUGAUGGCCAGUCCAAGAAAACGGAGAAAUGCAGCAACACCCACAGCCCCAAAUGGAAGCAGCCUCUUACGGUGAUCGUGACUCCCUUCAGCAAACUGGUGUUUCGAGUGUGGAGCCACCAAACCCUUAAGUCGGACAUCCUGCUUGGCAUGACUAAAUUGGACAUCAGCGCCACGCUUAAGUCCAACAACAUGAAGCUCACUGACGUGGUCCAGACCAUCCAGCUGUGUACAGACCGAGACCAGACGGAUUUUGUGGGAGACCUUUCAAUCUGCUUGGAUGGAAUGACAGUCGACCCCGAAAUGUUCGCCAAGGCUGAAGUUGACCGUCAGAAUCUAUCAAAUGGAGACUCUCGUCCCAAUGGAGAACAUACCCCAAGACACAGCCGAGAUAGUUCCCCUGCUUUGGACAACACAGAACACCGCUCGUCUCCCCGGGGCCGAAGGUCUGGUUCUCCCCUGGUGUCUGCAGGGAGCGUGCGGCCGUUGCGGCCACCCAGACCUUCCAGACCUCCUCCUCCAACACCGCGCAGACUCACCUCUUCACCAGCAUCUUCCACCAAUAGCUCUACAUCAGCUGAAAACGGUAAUGGUCAGUCGGGUUCAGAUGUUCGGACAACAGCCCCAGACUCCAGUCCUUCAGCGGGUUCGGACAGGAACACUACAUCUGUAUCGUCGAGCUUUGGACCUCCAGCAACCAGACAGCCAAUGAGCAGCAUCAGCCCUGCAAUUUCAUCCAGGGUCCCUGCAAUCAACUCUGGACCCUUGCCUCCGGGGUGGGAGCAGAGGGUCGAUCAGAACGGCAGGUUGUAUUUUGUCGACCACGUAGAAAAGAGAACGACAUGGGAGCGCCCGGAACCCUUACCUCCAGGCUGGGAACGUCGCGCCGACCAGAUGGGCCGCGUUUACUUUGUCGACCAUAUUACGCGGACUACCACGUGGCAGCGUCCCACAAUGGAGACUGUUCGGAACUAUGAGCAGUGGCAGCACCAGCGCAGCCAGUUGCAGGGUGCCAUGCAACAGUUCAACCAGAGGUUCAUAAUUGGGGGACAGGACCAGGCAGCAGCAGCACAAAACAAGGAGUAUGAUCCUCUUGGACCUCUGCCAAAUGGUUGGGAGAAGAGAACAGACAGCAAUGGAAGAGUGUAUUUUGUGCAUCAUCCUACACGCUCAACACAGUGGGAAGACCCACGGUCUCAAGGGUUGUUGAAUGAGAAGCCACUUCCGGAGGGAUGGGAGAUGAGAUUUACUGUAGAUGGCACUCCCUAUUUCGUAGACCACAACAGAAGAACUACUACCUACAUUGACCCUCGCACUGGAAAAUCCUCACUUGAAAAUGGACCUCAGAUCACCUAUGUCAGAGACUUCAAAGCCAAAAUACAAUACUUCAGAUUCUGGUGCCAGCAACUGUCAAUGCCUCAACACAUCAAGAUCAACGUGUCAAGAAAAACUCUUUUUGAAGACUCCUUCCAGCAGAUAAUGAGCUUCAACGCUCAAGAUUUGCGAAGAAGGCUGUGGAUUAUUUUCCCUGGAGAAGAAGGCCUCGACUACGGAGGUGUUGCCAGGGAAUGGUUUUUCCUGUUGUCCCAUGAAGUGUUGAACCCCAUGUACUGCCUGUUCGAAUAUGCCGGAAAAGAAAACUACUGUCUCCAGAUAAACCCCGCUUCCUACAUCAAUCCUGACCACCUUAAAUAUUUCAAGUUCAUUGGCCGCUUCAUUGCCAUGGCACUUUUCCACAGCAAGUUCAUAGACACUGGUUUCUCAUUGCCAUUUUACAAGCGCAUCCUGAACAAACCUUUGGCCCUCAAAGAUCUAGAGUCAGUUGACCCAGAGUUCUACAACUCCCUCAUUUGGAUCAAGGACAACAACAUUGAGGAGUGCGGCCUGGAAAUGUUCUUCUGUGUUGACAAAGAAAUUUUGGGAGAAAUCAGCACACACGACCUGAAACCUGGUGGAGGAGACAUCCAAGUUACGGAGGAGAACAAAGAGGAGUACAUCAGGUUGGUAGCAGAGUGGAGAUUGUCUAGAGGAGUGGAAGAGCAGACCCAGGCGUUUUUUGAAGGCUUCAAUGAGGUUCUCCCACAACAGUACCUGCAGUAUUUUGAUGCCAAAGAGCUAGAGGUGAUGCUGUGUGGCAUGCAGGAGAUUGACCUUGCAGACUGGCAAAGAAAUACUAUCUACAGACACUAUCCUCGUGGCAGCAAGCAAAUCCUGUGGUUCUGGCAGUUCGUAAAAGACAUGGACAAUGAGAAGAGAAUGAGGCUGCUACAGUUUGUCACUGGUACCUGUCGACUGCCUGUCGGAGGCUUUGCUGAUCUCAUGGGAAGCAACGGUCCCCAGAAGUUCUGUAUUGAGAAGGUGGGAAAGGAAAACUGGCUUCCCCGAAGUCACACAUGUUUCAAUAGAUUGGACUUGCCACCUUACAAGAGCUACGAGCAGCUGAAGGAGAAGCUAAUGUUUGCCAUCGAAGAGACUGAAGGCUUUGGACAGGAGUGA